UCACAGCACCCCCUAGUGGCGCUACACCAAAUUAACAUAGAAAUACACAAAUGUAGAAACAGAAGUGUGACAGUUACAAGAAGCUUGCGUCAGGGAAAGACUGAAAGUCUUGGAUAAUAUCCUCUGUGAAUUUUAGCCCCUUACCACGUACACCAUGGGCUCAGCAGCUUUUUUUGCAUUCACCAUCUUAAACAAACACCUCACUUGGUGGUCCUGGAGAGUGAGAGUGUGGGGGCUAGAUAUUAGUGGGGGCUUCAUGACUGUGAGGGGCCUCUUUGUCUCAAAGCAAGCAAGCGAAACGUAUACCAAAUUUAAUCUAUGUAAACAACAAAGGUCUAAACAAGCUUGCAUUGUUUCUCCAGUCCACACAGAAUGAAAAGCUGUGGGCUUUUGUCAAAUACCUGUAUGAUGAAAUGGGGCAAAGGGUGCGGCUCACGGAGACUGGAAACUAUCAGAAUAAAUCCUUCACCUAUGACGCCCUGCUGCUCUUCAGAGAGGGUGCCGUGUAUGAGAUCAAUGAAAAAGCUCGUACAUGCAAGAAAAGCCCUCUGACGGCAGCCUUCCAUCCUAUGGAAAUCCCAAAAAAUGCAUCUCUGCUGGGCCAGGCUGUUGUAGGCAGCUCAUCUAUACCCGGUGAAGGACUCCUGGUCAACACCUGGAUUGGAGAUCUGCCUGGGAAUACAGCAAAGUACAUCACCACCUUCACUAAAUCUGAAUGCAUCCCAGUCAGCACCGCAUACCAGACUAAAGACUUUGGAUGGAUGCUGACAAACUUCUUCAACAACGUCAUUGGGAUUUCUGACCCCAAUCAGCUCAACCCCCCCGACUACUGCCCAACAGAGAUGAGUGAAGAGCAGCCAGGAGUUUUCGCCAGCUUGUUCUUUAACCUGCACUGAGGGCUUCAUCAAGUUUUACCUUACACUGAGAUGACUUGUGUUGUGAACUGGCACUACAUAAAUAGAAAAAGAAGAGAAUAGAAUAGGAUGCCUUUGUUUGUCAUUAUAGCAAAUGUACAGUGAGAUUGGAAGGCCACUACUGUUUCAGUUCCACACUAUAGGAAUAAAUAAAUCAAAAUGAACUGCAUGUAAUUGAGUAGAGCAAGCAUUCAAACUUUAGAUAUAAUAUGGUGUCUCACAUUUAAAGCUGUUUCAAACCAUGUAUUUCCAAACAUACACAUGGUAAGCUGAUUUUUUUUUUUUUUUUUUUUUUUGUACUUCCCCAACCAGGAUGAGUUCCACCUUCUUUCUGGCACAGAAAUGAUGAAGUUUUUAGCUCUCAUCCAACAAGUGUUUUUGUUUUUGUUUGUUUGUUUGUUUGUUUUCAUUCAGUGGCAUGACUGUAACAGGUUAUUGCCUCAUUUUUGUUUUUUGUCCCAUUUUCUAACACUCAAAUGAUGUGUGACCCAAU